AUGUCUGUCCCUGAGAAGUUCACUGGAUUCCAGGUCCACGGAGCGGAGACCUGGCUUGAGUUCCACAAGAACCAGUUCCAGCCUAAGCCGUUCGGUGACUACGAUGUCGACAUCAAGAUCGAGUGCUGCGGUGUUUGCGCCAGCGAUCUUCACACCAUCAGCGGCGGUUGGGGCGAGCAGCACUACCCCCUGGCUGUUGGACACGAGAUCGUUGGGACAGCUAUCCGGGUCGGGCCUAAGGUGACGCUGGUCAAGCCGGGCCAGCGUGUGGGCGUCGGCGCGCAGAGCUAUUCGUGCCUGGACUGCCGCCAGUGCAAGAACGACAACGAGACAUACUGCAGGAAACAGCUCGACACAUACGGUGCCGUUUGGCCGGAUACGGGCAUCGUCUCACAGGGUGGCUACUCGUCACAUGUGCGGACACACGAGCACUGGGUCUUUCCCAUCCCCGACGCCCUCCCCAGCACCGCCGCGGCACCGAUGCUCUGCGCCGGGCUGACGGCCUACUCGCCCCUCGUGAGGAACGGCUGCGGGCCGGGCAAGAAGGUGGGCAUCGUGGGCCUGGGCGGUAUCGGGCACCUGGGGGUGCUGUUCGCCAAGGCUCUCGGGGCGGAGGUGUGGGUGAUCAGCCGGUCGCACGCCAAGGAGGAGGACGCGCGCAAGCUGGGCGCCGACGGGUUCCUGGCCACGUCGGACAAGGGCUGGAACGAGCCGCACGUCAUGACCUUCGACCUGAUCGUCAACACGGCCAACAGCUUCGACGGCUUCGACCUCGACGCCUACCUCAGCCUGCUCGACGUGCACGCCAAGUGGGUCAGCGUCGGCCUGCCCGAGGGCGACGGCAUCCAGGUGCGCAACCAGACCUUCCUCGCCAACGGCUGCUUCUUUGGCAGCUCCCAUCUCGGAAGCCGCAGGGAGACCCUCGAGAUGCUGCAGCUGGCCGCCGACAAGGGGAUUCACACGUGGGUCGAGGAGGUACCGAUCAACGAGAAGAACCUGGCGAAUGUCAUGACCAGGCUGCACAAGAACGACAUCCGCUACCGGUUCUGCCUGACCAACUAUGAUGAGCAGUUCGGCGCAUGA